AUGAUGAUACGAUGCUCUGAUGGUGUUCAUCACAUGACUGACGAAAGCUUGGCACCUUUUCACCGGAAUCGAAGGAGAUUGCUUUGGAAACAGCGUCAGCAUGAAUGUUCCAGUAAAGCCAAUCGACAACUGGUCAAGAGGAAUCUGCCGUCGGCUUCUGGUGGAACCGACCUUCGAAUCUCUUCACCCAACACUUCCACUCGAAAUGAAAAAUAUUUUUUAUCUUUUUUCGAUAAAUCUCCUUAUCUUUCCAUCACCGUACGCUUCGUAUCCCAUAAAACCUUCCCGUCCGCAUUUCUACGAUGUCAACAGGGUACAUUAAAUCAGGUACAUUCGACGGGAAACAAACUGCAGAAAAGCAGUUCCCCGCAACUUUCCGACUCGGAACGCCAAGCCGAUCGAGAGAAUGAAGUCACUGGCCCGCUCUCCUGUUCAUCAGAUAUGGUCGUCCAGCGUGAUGAGUCGCUCAGCAUGGCGCCCAUUUAUCCGGACGGGGAAGCACAUCAUUUGAACCAAUCUACCAGCAUUCUGGUGGGUCCCUAUGAGGCGGUCAGUGUUUCUGGCGCAAUAGUUUGUAGAAUACAACUUAAUCUAGGCAUGCAAGAUGGUUGA